AUGAGGGCAGAGGGACGAACCCCCCUCUGCCCGGGCUGUCCCUUCCCCACCACACACGGGGAAGGCAAAUGGCUUUUCCAGGCAGCAUUGGGGGAUUUCCUCCAGAAGAGCUCCCCAGGGUGGCUCUCGGCGAGGGAGGAUGGAGCCGAGCAUGCGCGUCUUGGUGCCCUGCCACCCCAAAAAUGCCACCAUCCAGCCCAAUACCUCUCCCAAAGUGCCCGUGACCUCCUGGUCACCUCCUUCCUCGGCUGUGUCCUGGCCACCGUGUGCGUGGCUGGGGUGGUGGGAAAUAUCUACACGCUGGGGCCACCACCGUCCCCACAAAGCGCACAGGCUCCGUGUAGGUAACUCAUCACCUUGGCCCUGGCCGGUCUCCUGUCCUUACCCACCGUCCCCUUCAUACUUACGUGCACGCAACAUCCCCGCGCAUACGUCGUGCGGGACUGGUGCUUCGGAUACCUGGGCUGCAGGAUCCCCUUCAUCCUCCAUCUCCUCAGCAUGCAUGUCAGCAUCUUCAUCCUCACCCCCAUGAGCACUGAGCGCUACCUGGCCAUCGUCAGGUCUCUGGACACCCUGCUCAGGUUGAGGGACAACCAGUGGGCAGCCACCUGCCUGGGGUGGCUGGUGGCCUUCCUCCUUGCCCUCCCCACCGUGAUCCUCAUCAACCCAUGCGCCAGCCACCGUGACGGGGUGACCAAGCGCACGUGCCACCCCACCUGGCGGAGGGGGACCUUCAAGGUGUAUCUCACCAUCCUCUUCAACACCUGCAUCCUUGCCCCAGGCAUCACCACCUGCUGCUUGUACACCAAGCUGGCCAGGACCUACUGGAGGUCCCAGUGGGCUCUUGUUCUCAUCAGAGAGGAAACCAGCCAACGUCCCAAGCAGAAGGUCCUGUGUAUGAUUUUCAGCAUCGUGCUCGCUUACUGGGCUUGCUUUCUGCCCUUCUGGCUGUGGCAGCUCUUCAGCAUCUCUUGGUACAAGCAGGGGGACUGGGAUGGCACCACCGUCAUCUCCAUCAACUUCCUCGUGACCUGCCUGGCCUACAGCUGCCCCAACUCCCUCCUCUACGUGCUGCUCUCCAAAAAUUACAGCAGGUACCUGUGGAGCUGGCACCAGGCUGCUGCGAGCCUGCCCACCCCCCGAGCCCUGCUGUCCCCCCAGCCAUCGCCCAGCUCCCAGGGGACCCUGGAGAGGAUGGGUGCUCCCCGUGAGAGGGGGGUGCCCGUAUUGCACGCCGGUGUGCCAUUGGGUUAA